AUCGAUGUUAUUUUUUCUACUGUAAUAUGCUAUUAUCGCCAUCUAUAGCAAAAAAACAUAAAUAAACUUUUGGUGCGGUGAAAUAUUUACCGUUUAAUUUUAAAUGUUUGAUAGUUGGAAAAGUUAAUACGAAAAUUAUCGCAAUGAACAUUGAUUAGACACAAUUUGAAAAUCAAUAUAUAUAAAAGUAGUGUGAUAUUUAUAGUGUCAGGAGGAACAUUUAUAAGUAUAAAUUGUACAGUGGUAUAAUAACAAUUUUGCGUUUUGAAGUAACAAGCUAUUUGAAUUCUUAUAAAUCAUAUGAAUUUUUAGAAUUAUCUGCUUGCAGAUUUUCUGAAAAUAUGAUCACCUUAAGAGGAAAAUUGAAAAAGGAUAAUGACAUAGCAAACUCAAAAAGUAAAGAUUAUAAUAAUCGUGUUUCUGUUCGAGAUAAACUAUUGAUUAAAGAGGUUCAAGAAAUGGAACAUACUUUACCAACUACAUGUCAGGUUAAAUUUCAUGAUCCACAUUGUCUACAUGAAUUUAUUCUUUUGAUUAUUCCUGAUGAAGGAUAUUGGAUUGGAGGCAGAUUUUAUUUUCAGAUUUAUAUACCUGAAGAUUAUAAUAUGGCUCCUCCAAAAGUCAAGUGCUUAACAAAGUUAUGGCAUCCUAAUAUAAGCGAGGAUGGUGAUGUGUGUCUUUCAAUAUUGAGGCAAAGUAGUAUAGAUGGAAUGGGUUGGGCACCAACUCGUAAACUUAAGGAUGUUGUAUGGGGUUUGAAUUCUCUUUUUACUGACCUUUUAAAUUUUGAUGACCCUUUGAAUAGAGAAGCAGCUGAUUUAUUUAUUAAAGAUAAAGAAUCUUUUCGAAGUAAGGUUAAAGAUUAUGUUAUGCAAUAUGCAAAAAGAUGAUUUAAAUUAAUGAAUAACCUUAUGACAGUAUAAUUGUACAUUUAUGAAAUUAGCUUUUUAUUUCAAUGAAAACAUUCAAUCCAGAUAAGAAGUACCUUUUUUUUUGUAUUACUAUUUUUUGCUACUAGUCCUCUGAUUCUACAGAGAUUGUAUUUGUUAUCCUAAUUUUUUUUUUAUUCAUGCGCAGCUUUUAAGCAUUUUAUCAAUUUAUUUUAAUUAAUAUGAAAUUUAUUCUUAACGGUUGAAGGAACGAGGGCAAAGGACGUGUACAAUAUACUUACCUUCUUUAUAGAGCAUUGUAAUGAUGGCAAAUCAUAAUUUGUAAAUAAAUUACAUAUUUAAUAAUAAAACUUGACCCCAGUGUGUGGAAUUUUUAAA